AUGGCCGACAUCGCCGACAUACUGAUGGGAGAUUACAAGAAGCGCAUAAGAGAUGGUACCGGGCCGGGACUCGUGCAACCUGCAAUCCCAUCUACCACCAAUUUUGAGUUGAAGGGUCACAUCCUCGCACAACUAAAAGACAUUCCAUUCCAUGGAAAGGAGCAUGAAGAUGCUUACAAGCAUAUUGAAGAAGUUAUGGACAUUGCUGACUAUUUCCACAUGCCAAAUGUGCCUCGCGAUACUGUUUUACUACGGAUGUUACCGGUUACAUUCAAAGGAUCCGCGAAGGAAUGGUUGAAAUAUUUACCCCCCGGAUCCAUUACAACAUGGCAAAAGAUGCGCGAGGAGUUCAUUGACCAAUUUUGUCCACCUUCUAAGAUUGCAAAAUUGAAGAAAGCAAUUGCUAACUUUGAGCAAUUCCCGGGAGAAUCACUUUAUGAGGCGUGGGAGAGAUAUAAGGGGUUAAUAAGAAAUUGCCCUCAAAACGACCUAAACGUGCAAAAAGAGGUUUCCAUCUUUUAUGAUGGCAUGAACGUCACAACGAGGCAAUUACUAGACUCCCAAGGACCCCUCACGAAGAAAGCACCAGCUGUCAUUAAAACAUUGGUAGAAGAAUUCUCCAAUCAUUCAAGAGAAUACCAUAAUCCAAGGAACGAUACAGCUAGAGGCGUGGUUAACUCAGUUUCCGAUGACAUGGUAGCAAUGAUGGCCAAACUAGAAAGUAUGGAUCGUAGGAUGACAAAGAUGGAUCAAUCCAUCCAUGCCAUAAGGGUGGGUUGUGACAAUUGUAGCGGUCCCCAUCUUACUAAGGAUUGUGAUCUUGAUGAGAACGGCAACCGAAAGGCACAACCCAAGAAGAAAUGGCUCCCCUAUGACGAGUACAAGAAGGCAAAGGAGGAGAAGUAUAGGCAAAAAGCACGCGGGUUUUACCAAAAAGAAGAACCAGUGCAAGAGAAGAAGACGGAUCUUGAAGCUAUGUUAACUCGAUUCGUUAGUGCUUCCGAAAAAAGGCAUGACGAAUCCGAUGCAGCCAUUAGAGAUCAACAAAAGAUGAUGAAGGAGCACCAAAAAAUGAUGAUGGAUCAACAAACUCUGCUCCAGAAUCAGCAAGCUUCAAUUUUGAACAUUGAAAACAGCUUGGGCAACUUGCCAAGCAAUUCAAUGAAAGAACACCGGGUGGGUUUCCUAGUGACACGGAAAAAAAUCCAAACGGCACGCACAUUAACAUAG